CCCGCCUCCCCUGCCUCAUACGAGCGCAUUUGGCUGGAGCAGAGCUCUGCUCUAAAAAUACCGUCGGGCCCCGUAUCGGGUUCGAGCUGAGCUAAGCUGCGAGGGGGAGAGGGGUCUGCGGUGCAGGACGAGCGCGACUCCAUUUCGGCUCCUGCGCCUGUGGGGCUCUCUGACGGCACGGCGCGAUGGGCGAGCCGAACGCCGAGGUGAACGAGGUGGCGGAGGAACCAGGUAGGGUCGCGGAAGCAAAGCAGCAGCUGGCCAAUAAGAAUGGGAAGAAGCCCGAGGGUGGGGCCGGGGGCUCCUUCUUCACCUGGUUCAUGGUUCUGGCCCUGCUUGGCGUGUGGACCUCUGUGGCCGUGGUUUGGUUCGACCUGGUCGACUACCAGGGCGUCGUCGCCAAAGCAAAGGACCUCCAUUCUAAUCUUUCAGAAGUAAUACAAGGAAAACUCGGAUCCUACGAUGCGGACAAUGACGGCGACUUCGAUUUGGAGGACGUCCAAGUAAUGCUAGGGCUGAAGGACAAGCCGGCCGUCGUGGUGCAAACAGAGGCGACGAAAGAGGAAGCAGCAGCUCCACCAGCAGAACAAGAACCUGAGCCAGAACCUGAGCUUGAACUGGAACCGGAACCAGAACAAGAACCGGAACCGGAACCGGAACCAGAACCUGAGCCUGAGCCAGAGCCCGUCGUGGAGGAGCCUACAGAGCCAGAGGUGGAGGAAGAGAUCGAAGCUGUAGAGGAAGAGGUGGAGGAAGAGCAGGUGGUGGAAGAGGAACCAGUUUUGGAGGAAGUGGCUGCCCCAGUUGAAGAGGAAGCAGGUCUUUGGGGAGAAGAGGCUGCUCCUGCAGAAGAGGAAGUAGCUGUUACUGAAGAAGAGGAAGUGGCUGCUCCCGUGGAGGAGGAAGUGGCUGCUCCUGUAGAAGAGGAAGUGGCUGCUCCUGUGGAAGAGGAAGAGGCUGCUGCCGUUGAAGAGGAAGAGGCUGCUCCUGUGGAAGAGGAAGAGGCUGCUCCUGUGGAAGCGGAAGAGGCUGCUCCUGUGGAAGCGGAAGAGGCUGCUCCUGUGGAAGCGGAAGUGGCUGCUCCCGUAGAAGAGGAAGUGGCUGCUCCCGUAGAAGAAGAAGUGGCUGCUCCCGUAGAAGAGGAAGUGGCUGCUCCCGUAGAAGAGGAAGUGGCUGCUCCCGUGGAAGAGGAAGUGGCUGCUCCCGUGGAAGAGGAAGUGGCUGCUCCCAUAGAAGAGGAGGUAGCCACUCCAGUUGAAGUGGAAGAGGCCGCCCUGGUUGAGGAGGAAGAGGCUGCACCAGUUGAGGAAGAAGAGGCUGCACCAGUUGAGGAAGAAGAGGCUGCACCAGUUGAGGAGGAAGAGGCUGCACCAGUUGAGGAAGAAGAGGCUGCACCAGUUGAGGAAGAAGAGGCUGCACCUGUGGAAGAGGAAGCUGUUGAGGAGGUGCAGGAAGAGGCUGCUCCUGCAGAAGAUGUUGAAGAGGAGGAAGUAGCCCAGGAAGAGGAGGAGUCGGAGCCAGUGGAGGAGGAGGUAGCUGCAGCCGAAGAGGCAGAGCCAGAGGCUGAAGCGUUAACUGAAGGUGAAUCUGAAGAAGUUCCUGAAGAGGAGGAAAUGCUUCAGGAAGAAACAGAAGCAGAUGAACCCGUUCCAGUUGAAGAACAGGCUAAAGCAGAGUCUUCAGAAGAACCUGUUGCGACAGAGCAACAAUUUGAGGAGGAGCCCAUUGAAGAACCUGUUGCGACAGAGCAACAAUUUGAGGAGGAGCCCAUUGAUACGUAAAGCUUGAACAGGAACAUGGGGAGAUCACGAGGACACACCCCGACAACAUUCCACUGAGAGGGAGCGUCUGAAAAAUCCCACCGCCGAGCAAAAAAUGGGAAAAAAACAAAAAAACAAAACGAAAAAAAGAAUACCAUGGAGAGAGUCCUGACUGGUGGCGUGGAGUCCAGGAGUCAAACCCCUUCAGAACCCAUCCUCCCUGUCUGUCUCUCACCCUUUCUUCUUGUCCACGGUUCACUCUUUUAGUUCACUCAACCUUUCUUCAGUGACGUAUGAUUAUGCUUUUUCUU